UACUAAAAACUAAUGCGUGGAACACAGCUGACAGACACAUUUCAAGUAAGGAUGGGAGUCAGACAAGACUGUUAACCAAUUUCCAUCUGAAGAGGGAAUUAUGAGAAAACGUGAGAAGUGGAUUGGACACACAUUCAAGAAAUCACCAAACUGCAUUACGAGGCAAGCGCUAACUAGGAAUCCUGAAUGGAAACGAUAAAUAAGAAGGCCAAUCAAUACACUUCGUCGAGAAUUGGAUGCAGACAUCAAAAGUAUGAGUAGCUUCUGGAAAGAACUGGAAAGGAUUGGGGAGGACAGGGUUGGAUGGAGAAUGCCGGUUGGCGGACUAUGUUCCACUAUGGGGAGGGGGUAACAGGAGUAAGAUAAUGAUUACAUACAUUUUCAUUUGUGCAUUAUUAUCACCUACCAUUAUGAGUUCUUCUAAAUUUAAUACAGUUGGAUUAUUAUAUCCUAACGUUUCAAAACCAGAAGGCACAAAAAUCUACCAAAGUAUUUCAUCUGACAAAGGUUAUGUGAUAAAAACAAUAACCAGUGCACCACUAUAUCGAAUUGUUAGUUAUUUCACUAAUCGCACGGAAGAAAGUGAAGCAAAAGUACAUGACUUACAAAUUCCUUACUCAAUGUAUUAUACACAUAUAUAUCUUGCUUGGAAAUCUGCUGAUCAAUUGUUAUCCUCUAUAACUCUACAAUCUGAUAAUUCAGAAAGUAAAUUAAAUGGUGCUAAUUUAGUUUUAUCAACAUCUAAACUAGGUGAUAUGUAUGCACCUGGUAUGAUAACAUCAGUUCUUGACUUUGUUACAAAAUGUUAUGAAUGGGCUAAACCAAAUAAUCGACGAAUACCAUCUAGUUCAGCAUAUGUAUCAACACUUAGAGUUGCAUCAAAAGAUGAAAUUAAUCGAGCAUUAAUUAAAUAUACAGUAGAACAAUUUUUAAGAGCAACAACUUAUGGGUCAUAUCAUUUUGUUUGGGAAACGAAUUCAAAAAUGAAAGAAUUUAUGAAAGAAUUAAAUUAUGAACAAAUUACAUGUGGUGGUAAUCAUUCAUUUUAUAAUCCAUGUGAUUGGACAUUAAUGGGUUUAAAACCAGAAAUAGCUAAAGAACAAUGCCUAUAUCGACUUAUUAAUAAUAAAUCCAAUAUUUAUUAAUUACAUUAUUAUUAUUUAUCAGUUUUUUUUCUCUUAGAACAAAUCAAAACUUUCACAUCAGGGAAAUAAAAGUAUCUAAUUGAAAUGAACAAUUGUAAAAAUGAUCAAAAUCAAUACUUCAGAGUAUGACUAUACGAAUAUAUAUAUAUAUAUAUAUAUAUAUAUAUAUAUCUACUGACAAUAUUAACCCUAACACAAUAAAUUACUGUUUAUGCCUUCUCACACUAAAGAUUUUUUUCUUCUCUUACAUGUUAAAUUCAUUACAUCAUCAAUAAACAAUAAUUAUGUUUGUUUGUUUUUUCUUCAGUCAACUUGUUUUUUCACUUUAUUGCUAAACUCAUGCAUGUUUAUGUUGUUGUUAGUUUUUUUCUCCCUCUCCCUCUCCCUCUUGCUCGCUCUCUCUCUCGCCGAAACUUCCGAUUAUCUUUUGCUUGUUAUGAACAUUACUGAAAGUAUUUAAGUAAAUAUCUUGUUCAUUUAUUUAUGUCAAGUUACAUAAUUAUUAACACUAUUUUUAAACUUACUUUUUUUCCAACUAUUCGAUUUUUGUUUUCAGAUAAUGUUGGAUAAUAAUUAAAAUCAAUAUGGUCAGU